CCUCUCCCCUCCCUCCCUCUCCCGCUCAUCCCCAUGGCCCAAGGGGGGCUGGCGACCUAGGGUAGAUCACUCCGCACUUUCGGCUCGGCUCAUUCCUCCCUCAGCACCCACCUCCAUCGUGCCUCAUUCGCCCGCCAUGUCCGCCCCCUUCGUCGCCAUGUCCGGAUCGGCCGUCUUCCCCGCUCAUCGGGUCCAGGUAAGCAGCAGCAGCAGCUGGCGACGGUGCGCGGCAUGCUUCUCGAGGCAGAGCUUUUCGUCGAUCUCGAUCUGGCCGGCUCCGCCCAAGCACCUCCUCAACCUGGCCUGCUCGGCCAAGCAGGACACCAUCGACAAGGUGUGCGGGAUCGUCAAGAGGCAGCUGGCCGUCGCCCAAGACACCCUCGUCAACGGGGACACAAAGUUCGCCGACCUCGGCGCAGAUUCCCUCAACACGAGAAUUAAAGAAAUUGUUUGUGCAGCUGAGCUGAGGCUCGACACGGUGUCGCUUUGGUUGGUUCUGUCUCGCUCAAAUCGCCUCGGCCUGUUAAAAAGCGCUCCACAGCGCCUCCAAACUCCAAGCCUCCAACGUACACGACCCUCAGCAUCCGAUCGACCAGCGACGGUGGUUCGGUUACUACAGUCUCACAGAGUAGUCGUGCUACCUUCAAAGUGGUUACUAAUCGUACAUUUUCGACAAGGCAAAAGAAUGGAUGGUUAUAUACCUGCUCAUUUUACAGCUGCCCUUGGUUCGAUUCCUCCCAAGAGCGGAUCUGCGCCAAAGGGCAACUUUUCUUGCUCACGGGAUAACGGCCACUGUCUGCUCCACAACAACGACAAGCACGACGGCCUUGACGAAGUUGUCCGUCGUCGACACUGAAGAGCAAGCCCGCCUUCUCCAGACUUGCAUGACGGGAGGGGAGCGGGCGGCCACUGCCUCCUUCAUGCUGCCGAUACCGAAGAGCAAGCCCGCCUUCUCCAGAGUUUGCAAAGGAGCUUUACGUUCAGUGGCGGACACUACUUUGAUCCUAUGAUAGAUGGUUCUUCAUAAUGUGAUAGUGUAUAGGCCUUCUUCCUGGGGACCUACUGCUCAACGACUGCACUCCUUGGCUGCUACCGACCAAAAAUUUUACAAAUCUGUCUACAUGUUUUGUUUCUAUAUAUUUACAAAUAUCCUAUCAAUCCAUUUUUAAAA